GGGUACAGAGAGAGAGAGACAGCCAGCAGCAGGCAGAGCGCAGCACAGUGGGCGCCUGGUCUGGGUCGGACCCCACCGCGGGAUAAGGGGGGUGGUCUCUCUCUCCGUGUAAUGAGGAGGAGGAGGCGGCAGACGGGACAGCGUGUGACAGGGGCACUCUGAGCGCCGGGGAUAUAACAGCGGAGGAUAGCCUGCUGCUACAGCUGCCGGGGCGUGUGAGGGUUCUGCUGCCGCCGGGGUGUGGGUGCUGUUGGUGUGGGCACCGGCUGCGGGCGCUGAGGCGGUGCGGUGGGGCGCGGGCUGGUAACUUGUCACUGUGAUGGCAGCAAAACUUUCCUGUCAGCGAGUGAGGCGGGAGCCUGUGGCCGCUGCUCCCCCGGCGCUCCCCGAUCUGUCCUUGUCAAACUUUCCCCGCUCCCCGGCAGCGUAGCGCCGCUCCUUUAAGCACACACCUGGCUGGCACCUCCGGAGGCACCGAUCACUGCAGCCUGCACCCUGGUGAUGAGCUGAAGCCUCCCGUCCCGCAUCCCCACAGGGAGUGAUGGCAGUGGGUGCGCAGCCCCAGGAGGACAAUGGCCGGGUGCCUUCCCUGUCCCUGGCCCCAAUAUCUGGUCAAGAGAGCGGCAUGGAGUUCGUGGCCCUCACAGCGGUGCAGACGGAGGGCGGCAGCCCCAGGCGCCUGGGACUCCUGGGCACCCCACUCCCGGGGCCACCGCGGAGCUCCGCAUCGCACAAGAGAUACCGGCGGCUGCAGAACUAUCUGUACAACGUGCUGGAGAGACCCCGGGGAUGGGCCUUCGUAUACCAUGUCUUCAUAUUCUUCCUUGUGUUCAGCUGCCUGGUCCUCUCUGUAUUCUCCACAAUUCCCGAAUAUCAUAAUUUAUCCAACAAAGGCCUAUUUAUACUGGAAUUUGUGAUGAUCGUUGUGUUUGGUAUGGAGUACGUAAUUCGAAUUUGGUCUGCCGGGUGCUGCUGUCGUUACAGGGGAUGGAAAGGUCGACUGAGAUUUGCAAGGAAGCCUUUUUGUGUUAUCGAUUUCAUAGUCCUGGUUGCUUCACUGGCUGUGAUCGCAGCUGGGACUCAGGGUAACAUCUUUGCAACAUCAGCUCUGCGCAGUAUGCGAUUCCUGCAGAUCCUGCGUAUGGUGCGUAUGGACCGAAGAGGAGGCACCUGGAAAUUGCUGGGUUCUGUGGUUUAUGCUCACAGUAAGGAGCUGAUCACCGCAUGGUAUAUUGGAUUUCUGGUGCUAAUUUUUGCCUCCUUCCUGGUAUACUUGGCAGAGAAAGAUGCUAACAAGGAGUUUUCCACCUAUGCUGACUCUCUUUGGUGGGGCACGAUUACACUCACAACUAUUGGUUAUGGUGAUAAGACACCUCGCACUUGGCUUGGGAGAGUCCUGGCUGCUGGGUUUGCACUUCUUGGCAUCUCUUUUUUUGCACUCCCUGCGGGUAUUCUGGGCUCAGGAUUUGCCCUGAAAGUUCAAGAACAGCAUAGACAGAAACAUUUUGAGAAGCGCCGAACCCCAGCAGCUAACCUUAUACAGGCUGCCUGGCGUCUGUAUUCAACAGAUGUGAGUCGUUCUUACCUUACAGCCACAUGGUAUUACUACGACAGUAUCCUGCCUUCAUUCAGAGAGCUGCUUCUUUUGUUUGAUACCUGGCAUCGAACCCGCAGCCGAAAUGGAGGGGUUAGGCUCUGUCAGGGGUCUCCACGCUAUCACCCAGUCCCCUCUGCUCUGAAAUCUGCAGCACCCCCUUUCUGUGCAGGGGAAAGUAAUAAGGCAGGACUAAAAGAUCGAAUACGAGGUGCUGCUGUCCCAAAACAGAGCUCACGGAGCAAACAGUUUUUGGCUCCUCCAGAGCAAACUUCUCCUGGACCAGACCUUACUACAGAAACUCCUAGCCCUACCAAGGUUCAGAAAAGUUGGAGCUUUAAUGACCGUACAAGGUUUCGGGCAUCAUUAAGACUUAAAUCAAAACCCCAGGCAGAUGCAGAGGGCGUUGGAGAUGACAGUAAUGAUGAGAAGAGACCCCCUAGUGAUCUCACCAUGGAAGAUGUUAUGCCGACUGUGAAAACUUUGAUCAGAGCCUUUAGGAUACUGAAAUUUCUGGUGGCCAAGAGAAAAUUCAAGGAGACUCUCCGUCCAUAUGAUGUGAAAGAUGUGAUUGAACAGUACUCCGCAGGACAUCUGGACAUGCUUGGGCGAAUAAAAAGUCUACAGUCACGGGUGGAUCAGAUAAUUGGCCGGGGUCCUAUCCCCGUGGAGAAGAAGCCACGAGAGAAAGGAGAGAAGCUUCCUAUUGGAAGUGAAGCAGAUGCCGUAGAUGAGAUGAGCAUGAUGGGAAGAGUGGUGAAGGUAGAGCGGCAGAUGUUGCUGGCACAUGAUUCCGUAGCCAAAAUCCACCUGGCAAUGAAGGUCAUAAGAAAGCAGGAACUGCAGGACGAGGAUGUGAGGAAAGCCAUCCACGUGAAAAGAAGAAUCCUGCAUGAAGCUGCUGGAAACAACUUCCUAAUUUGUAGGAUCUGUGCCUUCCAGACCGAGGAAAUUCCACAGCAAUAUUUGAGGAUGAAGCUCAUACUCCUUGCUUCCAUUGUACUAUGCUUAGUGGCAAUUGGAGAAGUCGCUGCCCUGAAGUCUCGCACCCGGCGUGAGCUAAGCCCAGGACUGCACACCCUUGGUAUCAGAGAUGCAGGUGGAUCAUAUUGUCAGCGGAAUAGGGAUUGUUGCAAAGGCAGAGAUGAUGCCUGUACGGUGCCUUAUUUGGAUACUAUCUGCUACUGCGAUCUGUUCUGCAAUCGAACAGUAUCCGAUUGCUGUCCUGAUUUUUGGGGAUAUUGUCUGGGCCUUGACCCCCCAGUGCCCAGUGGCAUUCAGAAAGAUUGCAUCAAACACGGCCAGCACUAUCCAAAUGGGGCGACAUACCAAGACAACUGCAAUCGAUGCACAUGUACCACUGCCGGAAACUGGCAUUGUGAGCAGAACCCAUGUCUCAUUAACAAUCGAAUCAUUGAGGCUGUAAACCAAGGCUCCUACGGCUGGACAGCUGGUAAUUAUAGCCGCCUUUGGGGUAUGACACUGGAUGAGGGAAUCCAGCAUCGACUGGGAACCAUAAAACCUCCCUCUUCAGUCAUGAACAUGAAUGAGUUACAUGUGAACAUGAACAAUGAUUUGCUUCCUUCCUAUUUUAAUGCUGCAGACAAGUGGCCAGGAAUGAUCCUGGAGCCACUUGAUCAAGGCAACUGUUCUGGUUCCUGGGCUUUCUCUACAGCAGCUGUUGCCUCGGACAGACUCUCCAUUCAGUCUAUGGGUCACAUGACUCCUGCUCUGUCCCCACAGAAUCUACUUUCAUGUGACACCAAAAACCAGCAGGGAUGCAGAGGGGGGCGUGUAGACGGAGCUUGGUGGUAUCUAAGAAGGAGAGGGCUUGUAACAGAAGAAUGUUAUCCCUUUGCGGGUUUGAAGGAAAAUGGUUCUCCAGCACCCUGUAUGAUGCACAGCCGAUCAACCGGGCGUGGGAAAAGACAAGCCACUGCUCACUGUCCAAAUCCAUUUGCAUCAUCUAAUGACAUCUACCAGUCCACACCAGCCUACCGUUUGGCAUCCAAUGAAAAAGAAAUAAUGAAGGAAAUCUUUGAAAACGGUCCAGUGCAAGCCAUCAUGGAGGUGCACGAAGACUUCUUCAUGUACCAGAGUGGGAUCUAUAGGCACACACCGGUGAUGGCAGGGGAGCCAGAGAAAUACCGUCGUCAUGGGACACAUUCUGUAAAGAUCACUGGGUGGGGGGAGGAGAGAGAAACCAGUGGACAGAUACAGAAAUACUGGUUGGCUGCUAAUUCAUGGGGAAAGGACUGGGGAGAGAGCGGCUAUUUCCGUAUUGCCCGCGGCGAAAACGAGUGUGAAAUUGAAACCUUUGUAGUGGGAGUGUGGGGCAGAGUCAGCAUGGAGGACCUUUCCCAUAGGAAAUGAGGCAAUUUCCAAGAUGCAGGACUAUGUGAAUUUAUAAUAUGCAGACAGUGUGUUGUAUCCUACUCUUAACCUCCAGAUAUUUACACUGCCAGAGAGAUGGAUCAUGAGGUCUUAGGUAGUGGGGGUGUCUUCUAUAGGGGGAUAAAGAGAAUUCUAUGCCAUUGGCUUGGGCUGAGGGAUUUCAUUACGUGACAUUUUACCCCACACACUGCUGGUGAGACCUGCAACUCACUUCAGAGCCAUUCAUAUUCAUAGUGUAAGAGCACUAACAACGCUUAACAGGACAGUGCUGCUGAUCCUUACAUUAUAGGGAAUGUCCGUUAGAUCAUUGAUCUAUGAUGGCCCUAUCACAUCAAAGUGCUUGCAUGUUGACUGCAACACAUCCCCUACCAACAUGAUUUCUAUGUUUUCACAAGCACAUUCCCUGUUCUUAUGAUGUCCUACAUAUACCUGACUUGCUUGAAAUCUCCACUAUAAUGUCUUAAGUGUUCUAUAGAGAAAAUAAAGCAUUGCCAAAAUGCCACAAAUCAGGCGGAGAACAGGAUGCAGAGAGGUCCUUAGUAAAAAAUAAGCUGACCCUGUGGUGCUGACACAGGGGAGAUUCACAGCCUGUGGCUUUAGAUAGGAUAACAGUGCACGUAAUCCUAUAAUCUCUACAUGGAUCAAAGGAGUAUUGUGUGGGGCUAUAUGCAAGGGGCACUCGGCCUGUGAACCUGUCAUAGACAGACAUUCCCCUCCGGCCAGAAAUUGCGGGAGAAAUACUAGGCAUCCAUGUAGAAGUCACUUCCACCUAGGACCAAAGUGAGCCAAUAUAUAUAAUGGGAUAUAGGAGUAUAUCUUAAAGUCCAAUUACAUAUUCAGACUACUCUGUAUAUACAUUUGUAAAGCAUCUAUCCACUCUGGUAGUUGCACAAUGUAAAAGGUAAUCUAUCGCACAUACUUCAGAUUUCCAUCACUGUCUCACCCUCCUAAAACUGUGCUGGCAUUUCACUGACCCAACAUACUAAAUAUAAAUGAAGCACCAACCUCAAUACACGAAAAUGUGAAAUAUGUUUAACUAUUUAUUGAAUUGUUUAUAUACUGAAACUGUUUAUAUUGUUUGAAUAAUCUGCUCUCAUAAUCAUCAUACACAAAAUUAGAACCCCCCCCCAAAAGAAAAGCAUUGGCCCCCAACAGUACACUAGAUUGGGUGUCAUGAUUCAUUAAUAGUUAAACAUUAUGACAUUUACAAACAUUCCAAUUUGAACAAAUAAAAAUGUUUUUCACAAAGGUUUUUUUCUCUUAAAAAGUUCUGUUUUGAAAAUCUAUUUGUGUAUUAAUCUACAAACAAAUGGAACUCAUUUACAAAUAGUUGAACAUGGAAGAACGGUGGCGUGCCAGCUAUUUGGAUAAACUUAUUUUUACAUCUUUGUAGUAAAGAUAUGAAGAACUUGCUAGAAAUACCUGAAAACAAAUAUCUUCUUGAAUACAAAAGUUGUACAUGAUUGGUAGAAUUUGAUGGUCAGGACGGUGUUUUACCCAAUACAUGACAUGAGUAUUUGUUGUUCAUAAGCACAACAGAAAUUAGGAUUUCUGUGUAUGUUAGAUCUGAGCACUGGUAUGUGAAAUAUCUACUUCACUUCAUAAAUAAAUGGUCACUUUGAUGAGUA